ACUGGUGUCAGUCAGUUAGACGAGAGGACCGCACACAAACUUGAAGCAGACUUGAGAAGAACCGAGAAACAAUGAAGUCCUUCAUUGGGAGUUUGGUAUAUUGCCUUUCUCUUCUGCUGGUCGAUCUCUGUGAAUCCUAUGACUUAACAACCCAUAACAACCCAUCCCAAAUUUUAGCACAAAGUUACGCACAAAGAAGAAAUAAUGCGCUUCAACACCGGACGCUGAACCCAGCAGCAACAGAUUCACAAUGUAGGAGCCGCCCACUGGACCUGGUCUUCAUCAUUGACAGCUCACGUAGCGUGCGUCCAGGUGAGUUUGAGAAGGUCAAGAUCUUCCUGGCUGACAUGGUGGACACUCUUGACGUUGGCCCCGAUGCCACACGUGUCGCCGUGGUAAACUAUGCCAGCACGGUCAAAAUUGAGUUCCUGCUGAAGAACCAUCUUACGAAGGACUCUAUAAAACAAGCCAUCAACCGCAUCGAACCCCUCGCCUCGGGAACCAUGACUGGUAUGGCCAUCAAGAAAGCCAUGGAUGAAGCCUUCACUGAAAAGUCAGGAGCGCGACCUAAAUCGAAGAACAUCUCAAAGGUUGCCAUAAUUGUCACUGACGGGCGUCCUCAAGACCAAGUCGAGGAGGUGUCGUCUGCAGCACGAGCUUCUGGGAUUGAGAUUUACGCAGUCGGAGUGGACAGGGCUGACAAGCAGUCAUUGAAGCUCAUGGCAAGCAAUCCACUUGAGGACCAUGUGUUCUACGUGGAGACCUACGGUGUCAUUGAGAAGCUCACUUCAAAGUUCCGGGAGACAUUGUGUGGUCUGGACGCCUGUGCAAUGGGACAUGACUGUGAGCACAUAUGUGUCAGCAGUGGCUCCUCCUUUUACUGCAAGUGCCGGAAGGGCUAUAUUUUGAACGAAGACCAGAAAACAUGUUCCCUAAAACAGGUGAAGGUGGAGAUCGUUCAGGACCCCUGCAUGUGUGAGGCCCGACUGGCCUUCCAGAGACAGACACAAACCUCCCUACAGGACCUCAACGCCAAACUUGCUGCUGUCACAAGAAAGGUUGAGCAAAUGGAAAACAUGCUGGGACGCAUGUAACAGAGCAGUUCUUGGCUCGACAUGUUCUGUGAACUUCAUCACGGGCCACGCUGAUCACAUGAAUGGCUAGAAACA